GUACAAGUGUAUGACUCGAAGUUCCAAAUCUGUCCAAGCAAACAUUUUGGAGUUCGACGACGAUUUUGAGCGAACUUUGAGAAGAACAAGAAGGCAACAAGCAUCCAAUCCACCUAGCCCGGAACCUCAUUGCGAAGAAAACGAAUUUGAAGAGGAAGAAGAGCCCACGGCUAGAGUUGUAGAGGAGAACCAAGAGAUGGCAGCGGACAACCGAACCAUUAAGGAGCUUUCUGCCUCGGGUUUGGAUAAUGCAGCCCCUCUUUGCAUCCAAUACCCCGCGGCAGCCCAAGGGAAAACCGAAGAGUUCGAAUUGAAGUCGAGCUUGUUACAUCAUGUUCCAAAGUACCAUGGGCUGUCCAUGGAAGACCCAAACAAACACUUGAAGGAGUUUGAAGUUGUUUGUUCAAGCAUGACGCCGGUAAAUGUUGAUGGCAACAUUUUGAAGAUGAAAGCUUUUCCAUUCUCUCUAAUGGAUAAAGCUAAAGAUUGGUUAUAUGAAUUGGCCCCGGGGACGGUUACCUCGUGGGAGAGCAUGAAACGAGCGUUUUUGGAAAAAUUCUUUCCAACCUCAAGAGUCAUUCUUUUGAGGAAACGCAUUAGUGGCAUCCAACAAAGCCAAGAUGCCUCGGCGGGUGGUGCAUUGGUGGACAUGACUCCGGUGGCUGCCAAGACUCUCAUUGCGAACCGAGCACACAACGCACAACAAUAUGAAGGUGUUGGGCAGAGAGAUACCCCACGGUCACAUCAUGUAAAUGAGUUUGUUGAAGGCCCCAAAACGCAAGGAACUACAAUCUGUGGUGUAUGCUCCAUUCGAGGACACCAAUCGGAUCAAUGCCCUCAAUUAAUUGAAAAUGGAGGGUGGGAAUCUGCCCAUGCCGUGGGUUAUGGGAAUCAAAACCAACCAAGGGGUGAUCCUUUCUCUAAUACAUACAAUCAAGGAUGGCGUGACCACCCAAAUUUCAGAUGGAGAGAUGCACAACAACCUGCCCAACAAGGUGGAUUCCGACAACCUCCGGGUUUCUUUCCAAGGCCAAUGGCACCACAACCACCUCCUCAAGCACAAUCAUCACAAAACAACUCAGGUACUUCUAUGAAUGAUGAUAAAACUUAUCAAUUACUGACCACAAUGGCGCAGGGAUUGCAGACCCAAGCAAAGGAAGUUAAUGAGCUCAAGAAGCAAAUGGGCCAAAUGGCAGAAUUUUUGGGGCAAAUUCGUGAGAAUGGUAAGUUACCAAGCACUACGGUAGUCAAUCCUAAGGGUGGGUUCGAAUCUGCAAAAGCUAUCACCCUAAGAAGUGGAAAAGAAGUAGGAAGCAAAGCACAUGAAUCUGCCCAAAAUAAGGAGGAGCCAUCACACCCCACGGCAAGGGUGGUACCACCUAUGCCGCAGCCACAUAAGCCCUCCCAUCCGUCCACCUCAGGUAAUGUUGUUCCAAAUGUUGUGAAUUCAAACACUAAUCUACCCAAUGUUCCUUUCCCUCGCAGAUUUACACAAUCAAAGAAGGAAGAGAGCGAAAAAGACAUUUUGGAUACCUUUCGGAAAGUCCAAGUAAACAUUCCUUUACUUGAUGCCAUUAAGCAAGUACCCAGGUAUGCAAAGUUUUUGAAAGAGUUAUGCACAACUAGGAAAAGAAUUUCAAACAAAGAAGUUGUGAAAGUAAGCGAAAAUGUAUCCGCGGUUUUGCAACGAAAGUUGCCUCCAAAGUAUUUCUAUGUUUUGGAAAUGGAGGAUUCGAGCCAUGCUCCAUCAUUGCCAAUCUUGUUAGGCCGUCCAUUCAUGAAAACAGCAAGGACAAAGAUAGAUGUGUUUAAAGGAACUUUGACCAUGGAGUUUGAUGGGGACAUUAUUAACUUUAAUCUUUCUGAAACCAUUAAAUAUCCAAUUGAGGACCAUUCUUGUUUUGCUAUUGAUAUUGUUGAUUCUUUGGCGCAGGUGCAUUUGGAUCAAAUGAAUGAAGAUGCACUUGAGGUAGCCCUAGUGCACGGCAUAGGAGCAAGAAUGGGGUGUGGGGGAAGCCAAGCAACCCACGGCAUGCAAUCUGACCAUGUUGCCAUGCCCCCUUGUGGUGAAGUGAUUGAGAUGGUUGCUGCCCUCGAGUCAUUGCCCUCACACUUUGGUAAGUCUCCACUCUCAAUUCUAGAUUCGGUUUUGACUAACAAGUUGCUUCCAUCAAUUGUGCAGCCACCUACACUUGAGUUAAAGCCCUUACCUAGUCAUUUGAAGUACGUUUUCUUGGGAGAAGAUGAGACACUCCCCGUCAUCAUAUCUAGCUCACUCACGGCCCAAGAAGAAGACAAGUUGAUAAGGGUGUUAAAGGAGCACAAACCUGCCAUUGGAUGGACCUUGGCGGAUAUUAAAGGCAUUAGUCCCACCACGUGCAUGCAUCGCAUCCUUUUGGAGGAGGGAGCCAAGCCAUCUCGGGAGGCUCAACGUCGCCUUAAUCCACCUAUGUUGGAAGUAGUCAAAAAUGAGGUUAUAAAAUUGCUUGAUUGUGGUGUUAUAUAUCCUAUUUCUGAUAGUCGUUGGGUGUCACCUGUGCAGGUUGUUCCAAAGAAGUCCGGAGUCACGGUGGUGAAGAAUGAAGAACAAGAGCUUGUACCCACUCGUGUUGUGACCGGUUGGCGUGUUUGUAUUGAUUACAGGAAGUUAAAUGCCAUGACAAGGAAGGAUCAUUUUCCUUUGCCAUUCUUGGACCAAAUGUUAGAAAGGUUAGCCGGUUAUCAAUUUUAUUGCUUUCUUGAUGGAUAUUCUGGAUAUAACCAAAUUGUGAUAGCUCCGGAGGACCAGGAAAAGACAACUUUCACGUGCCCAUUUGGCACCUUUGCAUAUAGGCGCAUGCCAUUUGGUUUGUGCAAUGCCCCUGCGACAUUUCAACGUUGCAUGGUAAGUAUAUUUUCUGAUUAUGUGGAGAAGAUUAUUGAGAUAUUCAUGGAUGAUUUUAGCGUGUUUGGUAAUUCAUUCGAUCAUUGCUUGCAUAAUCUGACCUUAAUUUUGAAGCGUUUGGAUAAAUCUAAAGUAGACCUUGUUCGUCACUUACCCUCUCCAACUUCGGUUAGAGAGGUUCGUUCGUUUCUUGGUCAUGCAGGUUUUUAUAGGCGUUUCAUAAAGGAUUUCUCCAAGAUUGCACAGCCACUAUGCCGAUUGCUCCAAAAAGAGGUGGUGUUCGAGUUUGAUGAUGCAUGUUCCACGGCCUUCAAGCACUUGAAGGAAGCUCUCACUUCGGCUCCCAUUAUCACACCUCCAGAUUGGAGCCUUCCAUUCGAGUUGAUGUGUGAUGCUUCGGAUUAUGCCAUUGGUGCUGUUUUGGGGCAGCGAAAGAACAAACAACCUCAUGUUAUUUAUUAUGCAUCUAGGACAUUAAAUGAUGCUCAAUUAAAUUACUCAACCACUGAAAAAGAAUUACUUGCUUUGGUAUUUGCAUUAGAUAAGUUCCGAUCAUAUUUACUUGGUACUAAAGUUAUUAUUUUUACUGAUCAUGCAGCCCUCAAGUAUUUGCUCACGAAAAAGGAGGCCAAGCCUAGGUUAAUCCGAUGGAUGUUGCUUCUACAAGAGUUUGACAUCGAGAUUCGAGAUAAGAAGGGCGUGGAGAAUGUGGUGGCUGACCACCUAAGUCGAAUGGUGCAUGAGGAAGCAUCGCCAAUUUCUGAAACCUUCCCCGAUGAGCAACUACUGUCGGUCCAGGUAAGUGAGCCUUGGUAUGCAGAUUUAGUGAACUUUUUGGUGUCUAAACAUAUCCCUAGCACAGUUAAUAGGAAUCAACGUGAUAAGCUUAAAAAGGAUGCUAGGUUUUAUGUUUGGGAUGAUCCAUACCUUUGGAAAUUUUGUCCCGAUCAGAUUGUACGACGUUGUGUGAAUGAAUCUGAGACAUUUUGCCUUACAUGUGAUCGUUGUCAACGAAUGGGUAAUAUAAGUGCUAAGGAUCAAAUGCCACAAAACCCUAUACUUUCUGUUGAAAUAUUUGAUGUGUGGGGCAUUGAUUUUAUGGGUCCUUUUCCGUCAUCACAUGGGUUUCUCUAUAUCUUGUUGGCGGUGGAUUAUGUUUCCAAAUGGGUGGAAGCAAAAGCCACCCGUACUAACGAUUCCAAAGUUGUGGCAGAUUUUGUGAAGUCUAACAUUUUUGCUAGGUUUGGGAUGCCCCGAGUCCUCAUAAGUGAUGGUGGUUCACAUUUUUGUAAUCGCACCAUCGAGGCGCUGCUCAAGAAGUAUAAUGUUACACAUAGGGUUUCGACACCCUAUCAUCCUCAAACAAGUGGGCAAGCCGAGGUGUCGAAUCGGGAGAUAAAACAGAUUCUUGAGAAGACGGUUGGGCCAACAAGAAAAGAUUGGAGCUUGAGGUUAGAGGAUGCAUUGUGGGCUUAUAGGACAGCUUACAAAACACCCAUAGGCAUGUCCCCAUUUCGGCUUGUUUAUGGCAAACCGUGUCACCUACCUGUGGAGUUGGAGCACAAAGCUCAUUGGGCCGUGAGGAAGUUCAACAUGGAUGUAGAUGAGGCGGGAAUUCAUCGUAAGCUCCAAUUGAACGAACUUGAGGAGAUACGGAAUGAAGCUUAUGAGAAUGCUCGCCUUUACAAGGAAAAGACCAAGGCCUUUCAUGAUAAGAUGAUCCGCACCAAGUCCUUUGUUGUUGGACAAAAAGUGUUGUUGUUUAAUUCUCGUCUUCGUCUAUUUCCGGUCCAAGUUCGUAGUUUCAAAACAGGUCAAGAGUUCAAGGUGAAUGGGCAUCGCUUGAAGCCUUACUACGAGAGCUUUGUCGAACAUGAUGUGGAGGAGACAACCCACUAUGCCGUGGGUUCCCAUGAAGAUUGA